GCACGCGACUCUCCACGACAUGUGCGUGUGCGUGUGCGGAGCGUCGCGCGCGCGAAGACGACACGGAACUGUCCGAAGUGUCCGAAGGUCGAAGGACGCAUCGCGUCGCAGAACAGCUGGUGCGGGAGGAAGCGUGACGAGGAGGACGGACGUCUGGUUGUGCGCGCCGGGCGGUGAGCAACAUGGAGAACGCGUUGGAACGUCGGACUGUCGUGUUGUAAACAGCGAGGAGAAAAGCUAUAGUCGCCGCUCCGCCGUUACCGCGCCGUUUAAAUGACACGGCACGAUGACGCGAUCGAAGAUCCAGAAGCUCAACUUCCUGCUGGCGCAGACGGCAGUCUGCGAUGGGAUUUUCCGGGAGAAGAGAAACGCGUCGUCGACGAAUGUGGACGGGAAGGCAGUUCCUAUCGCGUACGAUAAUGCGGAAACGAAAGAGAAGCUUGGCGAUAAGGACAGUCAAAGGAACGCGAUCGAGUCGCCCGUUGACGCGAAGAAACCGGCGGCUGACGGCAACAAGACGCACGACAUAACCUCGAAACCGCUGCCGUCAGACGUCGCGAAUAAAACUGCGCACACCGGGGACACGUCCAGUGAGUCCAGCGAAGGCCAUACCUUCAACACAGGUGCUCUUGUACGUGGUUUCUUAGUCUUCGUGGGACUAAGCGUCCUUGUCAUGGCCUACAUCGUGUUCCGUAGUUUUAGAUUAAGUAAGACACGAGCCCAGUUGGUUCGAAAAUACGGUGUCCUCACGCACAGGCAAGACGUCGAGAUGCGACCGCUGCCACUGGAUGAGGAAGACGAUGAAGACACAACUGUUUUUGAUGCGAGUAACGUUGUGACGAUCAAUACUCAACAUCAAAACACAUAGACGUGUCUCUUAGUGAAAAACACUGUUGCACUAUUAUAUGUCAUCCGUGUAAUGUUCUC